UAAUAAUAAUCAUAACAAAUCAUUAAAUUAUUAUUUAUGUACAAACCAUUGUCGAUUAUCCAACAAACAUUAAAUGUAGAAAAUCAAUAAAAAAUAAUAAAAUAAAAACCUUAACAUAUUAAUUGAAUAUUUGAACAUAGCCGCGAUAAAGUUCCUUUGAGGCGCUCGCUGAUAAAACGUGGUAGAAAAGUGAACUAAAACUACCUCUUUAAGUGACCCCAAAAUUAACAUUGAGGAGAAUUUAGAGAUAACCAUAGAUAUUAGUUAUUUUAGAUAUAUAAAACAAUAUUGUUUUAUAUAGCUAUCUGUGGAGAUCGCUUAACUUUAGGUACCGCCACUUACCAGUGUCGUGAGUCUCGACUUUCGAGACUGUGAUUACCUUUAUCGUUUUUCGUUUUAUGUUUAUUCAUAUUGCGUAGGAUUAUUAUCAUUAUUACAGCCAAAUUUUUGUUCCAUUAAUAUAUUUUAUUUAUACACUAUUGUAUCAUUUAUAUAUAUUUUAUUGUUUGACCUAAAUAUUAUUAUAUAUUAUGAAUGUAUUGUCGCUGUAAAAUCUUGGGUUUAACAAAACUUUUACAAUUUAGAAACAAGACGAAUUUAAUUAGAAAAACCAUGAGUCACGAAGAAUCAGUCGAUUACAAGACAGAUUUAAAAAAACGUCUGUCACCAAUUCAAUAUCAUGUUACUCAAGAAAAAGGAACAGAAAGGUAACCUUUUUGAAUCUAUAAUAAAAAUAUUUCAAUCACCUUAUUUUAGAGCAUUUACUGGCAAGUAUAACAAAACUACUGAAGCUGGUUUAUAUACAUGUGUAGUUUGCAAUGAAACAUUAUUCACUUCAGAAACAAAAUUUGAUUCUGGUUGUGGUUGGCCUGCGUUCAAUGAUGUUAUUGACCAAAAAAAAGUUAAAUUAACAACUGACACUUCAAAUGGUAUGUCUACAAUAUUUUUAUACCUAGCAACGUAGUAUUUAAGUAGUAUUCUCACUAAAUAAGCAUUUGAUAGUAAUGUUAUAAUACAACUGCUUCUAUUAAUUUCUAAUAUACGUAAGAUAAUUAAAAAAAAACUUAAAAACCAUCUAUUUAUCUUGAGCUAAAAAGGUGUUUGCAUUUGUAUAACAUAUAUAUAUUUAUAAUUGGAUAUAAAAAUAUUAAUUGACUAUAUAGGUACAUGAUUUUAUAACACCUAUAAUUCAUAAAUAUUUUAUUACAUUGAAUUACUAUUUUUAUUUUACAUAAUAUUAACAAAGUUUAAUAUACUUAUAUCAAUUAGGCACCCAGUAUUUUUGUGUUUAAACCUUCAAAAAGGAUAAUUAAUUACACUUUUAUAAUAAAUACCUCUAAUUUAAACUCAUUGGCUUAUUGGUAAAAUAAUAUUAUAAUACCUAGUUAUUUAAUUGUUUUAUAUAGAUUAAAGUUGUAUUCUUCUCAAUUGCUUUUAGUGAGAACACUAUUUUAUGGUUUUGGUACCUUACUCUUUUUGUGUAUUUGUCUGGGAGUGGAAACGCUGUAUAGUUAAUAACACUUUCAUGUUACUUAAUAAUGAAUGCUUGAUUGAAAAUAUAAUAUACAUACUAUGACAUACUCUUUUCAAUACCAAAUUAUAGUGGUUUUUGCUAAGGCUUUGUGUUGGUUAACAAAAACUUGUUUAUUUUUUAAAAAUACUAUUUCAAAAACAAAUCAGAUAUAUUGCGGAGUUAAUAAAAUAUGUAAUCUAAAUUUUGCAGAAAUCAUUCCCACAUAAAAAAACGAAAAUAAAUGUUUAAAAAAAUAGUAAUAAUAAAAUCACAAUAGCCUAAAUUCAUCUUACUUAUCUUAUAAGGUGAAUUUAGGUUAAUUUUUAUUUAUAUUGUUAUCAUACUAUUAUGUCUGCCUAAAGCCGUAUUAAAAAUUUAGUGGGUCCAGGAGUCAAAUUUAAAAAUGGAUUCUCAUAUAAAUUUUGUUUAUGUAUUACAAUACACCUCAUUAUUCAAUAUUUUCCAACCAUCAGUACGUUCCUAAAUUCAUUUGUGAUGACAUCAAUAGUGUUCCUUUUCAACCAGAAGUCUAAGAUAAAAUCUAUUAAUUUAGAUUCUUAAUUCUUAAUUAAUUAAUUAAUUUUUAAUAACAUCUGUGGUAAUUCUAUCUCUAAUAAGUAUAGAUAUAGAAUAAGUAAUUUAUACAUCUAAACAAAACAUUUUUCAUCAAAAUACUUUCUAUUGGGUGAAGAUUCAUUUUCAGGACAAAAACACUUACAAAAUCGUAAGAUUCACAAAACACAGUUAUACAGUUUAUGUGGAGUGGGAUACACAAGAGGCUUUAUAUCAGUUUAUCUCUUUUGAUCUGUAGUCUUCAGGGUAAUUAUUCUUUUUAGAUAUAUAAGUAUGUUAAUAAGGAACUUUAGAAGAUGUAAAGAAAUCAUUAGUAAAAAUGGGAACAAUUAAGUAAUUUUGACAAUCAAGAGGUAUUAACAAUCAAUAACAAAUGAGAAAUUGACUCAAUAAAAUUUCUCGGUCAGUAAAAAAUUAUUGAUUACUAAUAAUUGGUGUACAACUUUACAACUCUCAUUUCAAUAUUGCUCACUCGUUUAAUAACCAAUGAAUUUUAAAUUUUAAAUAAAAUUCAUUUUGACGUAUUGUGUUUAUUAUUUAUUUAUACCUACAUUGUAUAUUUAUAUUUUUUUUAUAAAAUUAAAUUUGAAUUGAGAUUUGUAUAGAUUUGAUUUACCUCAAGAGUUCUUUGAGGGGGGGAUGUGACUCUUGUCCUGAGGCAGAUGGCUCUGACAAGGAAUGAAUGCCGAGCUGGGAGAAGUAAUGCUAACACAUGCAAUUCUCCCCGAUCGGCUCGAUGGUGAUUGGAAAGAAAAAAGUCUAGGGUGUUAGCCAAAGCUUUAUUAAAGUACAGUGCAAUUAUAUUUCAUAUUUGUAAGAUACUGAUUUCUGUAAAAUCGUAUUAUUUUUUAACUUUUGGAGUGUAAACUAAAACAAAUGCAGUAUUUUCCUGUGUAUCUGAGCAACUGUUUUGAAAUAGAUGAUAAAAAGUUUAUAUUAUGGUAAUAAUUUGUGGUGUUGGCGGCGUUUCCUUGAUUAUUCCUUGACUAUACAAAACAAUGCUGUCGCUUUAUGACGGUGAUGGAAACAGUUGGAGCAAAUUUGCUGUUAUUGAUAACCAACCCAGGUAUGAUAAGAACUGAAGUGCAAUGUGGUAAAUGUGAUGCACAUCUCGGACAUGUUUUCAAAGAUGGCCCACCUCCAACAGGAAGAAGAUUCUGUAUAAAUAGUGCUUCAAUGAAUUUUCAUCCAUUAAACCCAAACACCAAUGGUAAUUAUGUAUUUUUGUAUAAUUAUAACCACUAUGUAAUUCAACUUUUUACAAAUGUUGUAAUUUUAUUGCACAAAAAUAUAAUUAUUGAUGUAUUUUUUUCAGAAUAAUUUGAACAUUUGGUUGAAUUUCAGCUGACGAACAUUUAUAUUUUGACUUAGUAACACAAUACAAUUUUUAAUUCACACUUACCAUUUAAUAAUAGUUUUAACAACAAUUAAACUAAUGUAUUAUUGUGUUAUCAAGGAUAUAACUAAUUAUCACUUAAUAAAAAAAUAUUUGAAAUUUAUGUAAGAUAAUUAAAUUUUAUUUGAAAUUGGAUAAAUGUUUGUUAACAAUAUUAUGUUCUAUAUUUUACUGAAAAAUAAAAAAAAAACAUUAUUGAGAUUUGUUUUAUAUAUCCUAAAUUUCAUUCAAAUUUUACAUUAAAAAAAAAAAAAGAUAUAGGUAUAUAAUAUAUAUGUAUGUAUAUAUAUAUAUAUAUAUAUAUAUGUAUAUAUUUAUAUAUAUAUAUAUUAAACAUCACACACCCAAGAACAAAGAAACAUGUCAGAGAUCUUAAAGUUUUAAAUAUUAUUUUAAAUAAAAGCAAUUUCAAUUGUAAAUUAAAAAUUAACCCUAAAAUAAAUGUGUUUUGAAUUUCUGUAUGCUUAAUAUUUACAUGAAAAUUAUAAAAACAAUAUUACUAACUUAUGCAUAUAUAUAUAUAUAUAUAAAUAUAUAUCCAUUGAGGAAAAUGUAGAUAAAUAUUGCCUUCUUUAAGUUGUUUAUUAUAAUUGGAAUAUACCAUUAUAGUGGUUUUAUAUUUAAAAAGAAAUUAAUGAUACUACAAUAAAAAUGUACAUGACAAUUAUGAAAGGUGGAAGGAAUGUUGUCCUUCAGAUGCAGCCAUUUGUAACUUUUUUCUCAUUAUAUCGAUGUUGGAAUAAUCUGGUAGUUUGAGGUAGUUAACACAUGUCAUGACAGAUGGUAAAUAAUCAUCUGGAUUGUCAUUCUCUUCAAAUAUUCUUCGCACAAUAGUUAAUGAUGGUGAAAGUGAUUUGAAUCCU